CAAAAUAUCUUUUUAAAAAUUUAAAUCUGAAUGUAAAGGUUUUUAUAUUUAUAGCAGUGCUGUUGGCAAAAUUUAAAGAUCUUCUGCAUUCAUUAAAUACGGUUGGCAAUAUACAUAUAUUUAUGAUAGGGGUAUGUUUACCCUGUAAGGAUCAUUUUUAUUUAGAUGAAUAUGAAGAAGAUUUUUAUCAUAAAGAUCUUUAAUCGCAAAAUACUGCAUAACUAAAUAUGCGACUUUAUUUUCUGAGUAGUAAGAAGAUAACUUUUCCUGUGUUUUAAAUUUUGUUUUAAUUCCUUUAUUCCUUUAAUUUUCUUUAUCAUCUUGAUUAGUUAUUCUGUGGAAGGAGAGACUGAACGUGUUGAGCAACGAAUAUCCAGGAUGUUUGUUCUCAUCUGGUCAACUCUGUUUUUCUCUGUAAGAGGCAGCAGUGCUGACAAAGUUACCUCAGUCUGGGGACGACAACACUGUAGAGGCAAAGGAAACUGUGUGACUCUGAGUGAGCGAGAACUAACAGCAGAGGCUGGACUCUGUGUUGUGAUCCCGUGUUCUUUCACUACUGCUGCUAACUUUACACCCAAACAUAUAGUUUGGUACAAAUGCGAAGCGUCUAAAAAAUGUAGUGAUGCUCACAUAAUAUUUCACAGUAACAAGAACAAAAAAAAUGUUCAGUCUGGGUUUGAAGGACGAGUGUCACGUUUGGAGUCCGAUGUGAGUCAGAAAAACUGCAGCAUCAUCAUUAAUGAUCUGAAAGUGUCUGAUUCUGGAUCAUAUCAGCUCAGAGUUACUGGAGAAUGGAAUGGGAAAAAAAAUGCAUCUUCAAUCAAUCCAAGGGUAAAUGUCUCUGUUAAAGGUCUUAAACAAAAGCCCACAGUAAUGAUUCCCACACUGACAGAGGGACAGCAGGCCACACUGACCUGCACUGCUCCUGGUCUCUGCUCUGGAUCUGUUCCUCAAAUCACCUGGACAUGGAGAGGAGCAGGAGGGACUGAAUCUUACAUUACAGGAAACAGCACUGAUUUCAAGACUGAGAAUCUGACUGAUGUAACACAGAGACAUGUCUCAACUUUGACCUUUAACCCUUCAGCUGAACAGCACAACACCAAUGUCACCUGUAAAAUCCACUUCACAGGUGAAACGACUACAGAAAAGACUUCAGGUUUGAAUGUAAACUAUGUGAAGGAGGUUUACAUCACUGGUGUUACAACUGUCAGGGACGGUGAGGCUCUGAAUCUGACCUGCAAUGUUCACAGUUUCCCUCCAUCUCUGAUUAUUUGGUCUAAACUUGGUUGCAAUGAAACUCUUCACAUUGACACUGGAUCAGCCAAUCUUGUCAUCACCAAUGUAACAGCAGGAGAUGCUGGACAGUACGUCUGCACAGCUAAAUAUAUGAACAAUACCCUGAAGGACAAAGUCAACGUCACAGUGAUAUUAACCAGCACAGAAGUUGUAGAGCAUAAAGAGAUGUCAGGCAAUCUUAGUGUAAAAUUUCUCGUAUCCAUUGCUGCUGUAUCUAUCCUUGUCGGUGUCAUCUUUAUAAUCUACUUUGUGCAUUUUUGGAACUCAAGAAAAAAGAUGAAACCAAAGGAGGAAGAGCAAACAUACAUGUCCCUGCAGAAAACAGACGGAUUAUCAGAAUAUGAUGUUAUUUGCCAGUCUCUGAAUUAGUAAGUGUCAAAGAGUGAAGAUACUUACAUGAAGUAUAAAAGGCUCCUACUGGAAAUCAAACUGGACUGGACUCAAAAAACCAACCUUAUCUACAGGAACAGACAUUCCAUGCUUUACUUCCUGAAAAGGUUGACAACAUCAACGAUGAUACAGAUGUUUUAAUAUCCAGUGGCUACUAGCAUGCUUGCCCAUGCUGUGGUCUGCUGGGGAGCAGUAUCAACAAGGGGAAAAUACACUGGCUGAUUACAAUAAUUUUGUCAUAGUUAACAGCAGCAAAUUAUUGAUGUAAUUUUGGCUGCUGUUUCUAAUCAUACCCCCUGUCCCAAAUUCAUUUUUUAUUCAUUUAUUCACUUUUUAGCUUUCGGUUUAACUGUCUUUGGUAACUGUAUAUCCCCAGCCACAAAGUUCCUUAAAGGUGUGUGGAAGCUGUUUUUCUAGGUACCACAAAGUAUUUAAUAGAACAUCUUUGGUUGUUUGUUGGUUUUCAGUAACAUCCAGGAGGACAAUCUUCUUUUUUGAAAGAUUUACUUUUGAUUUUAUAAGAUUUACUUUUUAUUCAACAUGUCCACAAAUCAGUAACUUAGAGCAUAAACUCAUCAGGAAAGUGUUUACAGAGGUCAAGUUUGUCCCAUAAACUACUGCAAGACUAGAAGCCAUGCAUCACCCGUGGGUGGCCAUUUAAAAUAAUGCAUGUUUGAGGACUUCUACAAAGACCUGAACUGCUCCAGGUCUGUGUUCUGGAUUUGUUUCUGAAAUUAAUUUAUAUGUAAUUAAUGUUACACCACAUAGGAUCUGCCACAUGUUUUGGUGUGGAUGGUUGAGUAUUUGUAUAAAAAUGUGCAAUGAACACAAUAAAUCAUAUUCCAAGUUAUACACACAGACCUGGCUUGAGGUAAAAUUACAGAGACCUGAUGGUGCCAGUACAAGACCUCUCACAUGUUUGCAUGAUUGCAUGAGAAUAAUAAAGGAAAUUCAUCCAGCUAAUUCCCACCUACAGGUCCGACAAUAAAACAAGCAUAUCUGUCUCAAAGACAUGAACAUGGAUGCCUGGGAAGACACAAAGCAAGGACAAACAGGACUGCUUGAACCCGGGACAUUGCAUUCCAGCCAUAACACAUAUGAGUGUCUGCUAAACCAGUGAGCUAAACCACAAAGACCUGAACUGCUCCAGGUCUGUGUUCUGGAUCUGUUUCUGAAAUAGCCCGUAUCCUAAAAAAAAUAGGAAGCAUUACUGUUUUGAAGUCAGAGAAUCAGACUGCUGUAACACAGACACACAGCUCACCUUUGACCUUUAACCUUUCAACUGAAAAUCCACAUCACCAACAUUAGUUGUAAAAUUCACAGAUUCAUGUGUGAAACAACUGUAGAGGAAUCUUUCAUUCUGAAUUUUGAACAUUUUACUAUUUUAUAUUUUUUUUCUGUCUCAGUAAAAAGAAAAAAAAACGAUAAAUUAGGGAAGCUCUGCAAGCGCGAUUGUUGAGUUUAUGGGGUUUUUCCUAGAUGUGAAGGACAUAAUCGUGUAUCACUCGUCAUAAUUAAUGUUACACCACACAGGAUCUGCCAUUAAUGGAAAGAAAAGGAUCUGACCUUUUCUUUCCAUUAAUGUGCAUUUUCACUGAAAUUAUUACAUUUUUCAUGGACGUCUUUCAGAAAGUUGUGUUAUUCCAGUUGGCAUCUGAUAUUGUGUUGACUGACUACAUUAGAGCACAUUUGAGUGCACAACUGAACUGUAUAAAAAAAAAUCUAACAACAUCUGCAAUCCAUAUCUAGCCUUAAACUGUAGCUAGAAAUUUGGACUGGUAGCAACUGUUUUAUGCAUUUAAAGAACCAGGGAGUUCUACUUUUAUCAAGAAUUCUGUUAAUACUUCUGUUUUUUGUUAAUUAGGUUGCAGCUAGCUGCUGUGCUUGCCACAUUGUUCUUAUGGCACAUGUGUUCAGUUACACUGCUAAUGUUACAAGUGCAAAAAGCUAAAAACUUUUGUCUUCAUAUUGCAUUAACAAAAGAAAUUGCUGUUGUAGAAAACAGACAAAUAAUAAACUUUAACCAUGUUUUGUGACAUUUCUUUGUUAUUAGGGCAAUUUAUGCUGAAACAGGUGUUAGAGUGGCUUAUGUGUUAUCUGUUGAAUCCAGCAGAGGGCAGUGUCUGACUUUCUAAUGAUAAAAUUAUGACGGUUCAGCUAGUAUCUCUUCUCAGGUUAGACUGUAUUAUUUAGUAUCAUCUACAGUUUUUGGCUUAUAAUUACAAUUGUGGUGUUUAUGAUAAUAUUAAUGCUGAGAUAUGUCGAGAUAUGCAUUCUCUGGACCUACAGAGAUAUUUGAAUAUUCUACUUACACCUGUAUGUAUACAGCAUAUAUGACGAAUGUGCAGGAGGGAAAGUGUUCAGGAUAACACUGACAUCAACCUUUGUGUGUAAUUAGACAGCAUCACAGUGUGACAACAUUCAAACCACUCCAGGAGUAGUGGGGAGCAGCAUAAUCCACCAUAACACUCAUUUUGAAAAUAUAUGUGUUUCUGAAAUAAAAGCCACCUUACCUAUGAGUAUCCAGGAUGGUCAGAGGCCCAAAAUAGCUUAACUGUGUGGUGGAGCUCUACACUGAGGCCCUCUGUUCCUGUUCAAUUUACACUAAUCUUUAUUAUAAAUUCUGUCUGCUACAGUAUACAUCACUAUGCUGCUUUAAUCGAUUUUAGGUAAUAAGUCAAAACAUUUUCAUCAUAAAACAUCUUGACCAAACACAGUGGCUGUAAUGGAGAAAACCACUCAGUUACAACUACAGCACAUUUUUGCUUUCUGUCAUGUUAGCAGUUUCAGCAGUGAACAUGUGAGCUAAUUUUAACUGACCGAGAGAGAAUGUCAGCAGUGUGAGGAAACUCUGCAGUCUUUCAGAGUCGUAUUUUAGUACAUUUAAGUGAGAAUGGGAAGUUGUCAGAUGCUGUGUGUACAGUGAUGCCACAUAUGUAUAUAUGUGUAUAAAUAUUUAUAGACAUCAUCACAAAAGACAAACAUCCAUGUACUGAAAUAGAGACAUAUGUUUCUUAAUUUGCAACAAUUUAUGCACUUCUGUAACAGAAGUUGUAUCUUUUCGUACAUGGAUGCAUGAAUAUAAGAUUACAUGUAAAAUG